CCCUAAUGCCGCAACAGUCACACGUGCCAGUGAUAAAAAAUCCCGCGCACCUUUCAUCCAAACGCGUUAGUCACAUGUAGAUUUUUCGUAGCAGGCUAUGUCGUUGGGCAACGCAGGGCGAAUUGCUGUUUGUUGGACCGUUCUGACCGUGGGUGGCGUGUACGCUUUUGUGCUGUCGAAGCAAUCCGUUGAGAACCGGCGUUACGAGAGCAUGCGAAUUCGUGAGCGCAUGAGGAAGGCAAACCAGGGCGAUUACGACUCAACCGCAGCAUCGGACAGGCGAUUCGACUACUAA